CGGAGGGAAGCCGGGCGGAACAGUUGGGUGUACGGCGGGGCCAGAAGCUGGUGGCGCUCAGCGACCCGCUGCGGUACGGCACGCUGUGGGCUCUGCAGGACCGCCCCAGCCUGCGGUUCGUGGUGGACACGUUCCGCAUGCGGCGGGGGGCGCCGCUGGACUUGCAGCUGGAGCCGCUGAUGGGGGCAGCAGAUAUGGAUGCCUUCUUCGGUCCUGAGGAUGCAUCGCCCUCUUCAAGCGGUAGCAGCAGCAGCGACGAGGGCGGCAGCAGCCAGCAAUCAGCAACAGCCUCGGCGAGCGCAUCAGCGACAUCAACCUCAAUAGCAGCAGCAGCAGCAGCAGCAAUGACGACAAGGUCUCUGGGCAGUGGCGGCAGCGGCGGCUCGGUGGACGCCGACGCCUCCCCGGACGACGCGCUGGCCAGCAGCAGCAGCAUCGACCUGCUGCUGGCGGAUGCAGGCGACAAGGGAC